AUGCCAGGUGCUUCCCUGGAGGCGGCCUGGCGGCACAGGCUGGCGAUGUUCCACGUCUGGAGGAGGGCGCGGUGCCCGUGCGCGGGGCGGGGGGCGGCCCACAGGGACGACGAGAAGGAGCCGGUGGCGCUGCUCUCGUGCAGGGCUCAGGUGUCGAUUCUGCUGUCUGGCGUGCUCUCCUGCCUGGUCGUGAUCCGAGUGGCGGGGAGCGUGGAGGGCUCCGCUCCUGGAGUCUGGCUCUUCUCCAGGCAGGGCAGGGAUGAGCCCCCUCGGCAGCUGCUGAACCCCGUGCUGUACAUGAACGACUACCGCCCCGAGGACUACGCCAUCUCGGGGUCCGACCUGAGGAGGGCCAUGGAGGUCAGCGCGGGCAACGUCGGUAAUCUGAUCUGGAUGCACGGUGGCUGGAGCCUGCUGCAGGAGCCGUCGGCACACGAGUUCAUCUACAGCUCGCUGGAUGACCCUAGGCUGCCGACGUUCAAUACCAAAGGGUUCUAUCCCUUUUCCGGUUGCGAACAUAUUCGGGAAUCGCUCUGUGUUCGAACGGCGUGGGGCUGCAGACAAGAAGCUGACGAUAGACCGCAUUACGACGGCGAUCAAGUCUGUGAACGGCCCCACUUUGCUGCUCGGCGCUGGCAGUCAAGGUUUUUAUCAGCCAGGCAUUUCGGAUAG